GCGAGGGAGGAGGAGGAGAGCAGAGUGGGAGAUCGAGAGAUACCAAGAGUGUGAUGGUUAACACUUCUAUCCAGUCAGUUAGGCAGGAAGGCAGCGUAACCUGAGUUGGAUGAAUUAAGAUUAAUUACAUGAAGUUUUUUUAUAGAUGAAGAAGAGAAAGAAAGAGGACGUAGAAGAAGAAGAAAAAAGAACAUUUUUCAGCAUCCAUGUAGGACUACUCUUUGAAGACUUCUUCUGACUGUGAAGAGGAGACAGAGUGAUUUUUAUAGCUUCAUCAAGAUUCAGUUGCAUUUAUUGGAACCCUUUCAGAAGAGAGAGGAGAAACAAAAGGAGCAGUUUGCAAUAUAAAUCUGCCAAAACUGUUGCUGCCGUGGAUGGAAAAGGAGACUGUGGUAUGACCGGAGCAGCUCUGAGCAUCUGUGUUUACUGUGAAUGGUGGCUCUAAUCCAAAAAUGUGAAGCUAAAAUCGCUACAGAAAAUAUUGUAAAAAGCUCCUGCUUCCUGAAGUUGAAAUAUUCUCUUGGCUUUCUGCUAAUCUAGGAGGAAGGCUCGCGGUCCUUAAGAUGCGACUACCUGUCGACCUUCCCACUAACUGCUGAAUCGAGCCAAUCUCCCGGCACGUACCCCUGAUCACGAAUGUCAUGGUGGUUGGACACACCUGCACUCACGCCAGUGAUUUAGGAAACGGUGACAGACUGGAGACCUGUGCUUGAUUUACAAGUCCAUGUAGGCUGAAGCCAAUUGAACAGACUGAUGGGAAAGGUGGAGAGUGAAGGCCUUUUCUAUUAGGUCUCCCAGUGGGAGUGGGACAUGGGCCUGUCCGGACUCACUGACCCAGUCCUAACACAUUCUGGACAUGCUGGACACUGGGGAAUCUACUUGGCUGACAGACAGCUCUGUUUUUUGGAGUACAUGCUAAUGGAUGGAGAUCAUUUUUUAUGAACACAUCUCAAAUACAACUUAUCUUCUCAAACACCAAAAAGCACAAAUUAGGACGCAACAUGAGCCAUGACUUUAGCACAGUGGAGGUGAAAAACAGCUUUUGGUCCUCUGUUUUGUUGGUGUUUUCUGCCUCUGUUGACUGGAAAUAUAAAACAAUGCUAAAGAGGACAAUGCAGCUACUGUCAACCAACGAGUGAUCACAAUCACCUGGACAAAACAGCUCUGAGAAGAAGUAUUCUGAUGGGUUAUGAACAUAUUUUAUAAAAAAAAAAUCAGCAAACCUCAACCUUUUGGUUUCUUGCCUUUGAGGACAUAAGGAAAAAAGCAGCAAACCGUUCUCCAUCAGCUAUUUUGGAUGUGAUGUGCCUGUUUGUGGAUCUAGCAUGGACUGCAGGCCCUGAUUACACAGCCUUGGUGUUCAGAUAGUUCUGAAGGGAAAGGAUAAUGCAUAUUUUUCCCUGCCCAGAAAAAGAAGCCACCAUGAGCAACGUCACAGUCACAGACAACACGGAGCCCAUCAGCCAUGCCAUGAGUCCGGCCACCCCCGGCCCGUAUUCCUACCCUGUUAGUUUCCAGGUCUCCCUGACAGGCUUCCUGAUGCUGGAGAUCCUGCUGGGGCUAAGCUCCAACCUCACUGUGCUCGCUCUCUACUGUAUGAAGUCGAACCUCAUUAGCUCUGUCAGUAACAUUGUCACUAUGAACCUCCAUGUGUUGGAUGUGCUGGUAUGUGUGUGCUGCAUCCCUUUAACAAUUGUGGUGGUGCUGCUUUCUCUGGAAGGAGACACUGCUCUCGUUUGCUGCUUCCACGAAGCUUGCGUCUCUUUUGCUAGUGUUGCCACAGCUGCAAAUGUGCUCGCCAUCACCCUUGAUCGCUAUGACAUCUCUGUCAAACCGGCGAACAGAGUGUUGACCAUGGGCCGCGCUCUGACCCUGCUAGCUGCCAUUUGGGUGCUAUCCUUUGUGAGUUUCCUCAUACCCUUUAUUGAGGUGGGCUUCUUCGCUCACGGCCACACUGAGCUGAACCAGACAGUGGUGGAGAACGUGGUUCACACUAACCAGUAUUAUACCGAGCUUGGCCUCUAUUACCACCUGCUCGCACAAAUUCCCAUUUUCUUCUUUACUGCCGUUGUGAUGCUCAUCACCUACUCCAAGAUCCUGCAGGCGCUCAACAUUCGCAUUGGCACACGUUUCCACAAUUCACAGAAAAAGAAGGUUCGCAGGAAAAAGCGUCCUUCCAUGACAGCCAUGACAACACAGCAAGAGGCCACGGAUGCAUCCCAGAGCAGCGGCAGCCGCAAUCCCACCCUGGGCAUGCGCACCUCCGUCUCUGUCAUCAUCGCCCUCCGUAGGGCGGUCAAACGCCACAGAGAGAGACGAGAGCGCCAAAAAAGGGUUUUCAGGAUGUCUUUAUUGAUUGUGUCAACUUUCCUACUGUGCUGGACGCCCAUUACGGUCCUCAACACUGUCAUCUUGAGCAUGGGCCCUAGUGACCUGAUGGUCAAGUUGAGAUUGGGAUUUCUGGUAAUGGCCUACGGCACGACUAUCUUCCACCCUCUGCUGUAUGCCUUCACGAGGCAGAAGUUCCAAAAAGUCUUGAAAAGCAAGAUGAAGAAGCGAGUGGUGUCUAUCAUCGAGGCUGACCCCACCCCUAAUAAUGCCAUCAUUCACAACUCCUGGAUCGACCCAAAGAGGAACAAAAAGGUGACGUUUGAGGAUAAAGACGCUCAGAUGAAAGGUCUUUCUUCUGAAGAUGUGGCGUGAAGGAUCUAAUUACUUUGGAGGAACAUAGACAAAGCAGCUAGAACUGACAUUAAGUCUUUGUGAAAAAGGGAAAAUCCUAAUCCAAAGCAGUAAUAUAAAAUAUUAUGUGCAAUAAAAUAUACAAAAAAGAAAUUGGAUAAUUUAUUACUAUUUAUUGAGAGUAAAAAUAUGUUUCAUAGAUGUACCUUAUGUUGUACUGUAGAUAUUGCAUGGACUUUUGUAGCAGCAGCAACACAUGGUGAAUUAUGUAGAUUAAAAAUUCAUGUACAGAACAGGCUAAAUAAGGUGUAUACUAAAUAGAGACAGAAGUAGGAAUUGUCAUGUUAACAUAUAUUUAUAAUAAAUUUUGUGUUCACUUUCAA